AUGCUGGGAGGUAUCGUCGCGUGUGGUCCAACUCACACAGCCGUCACGCCUCUUGAUCUGGUCAAAACGCGUCGUCAAGUCGAUCCCAAGCUGUACAGCUCCAACUUCAAGGCAUGGAGGACAAUCUACGCCGGUGAUGGUCUUCGUGGUGUAUUCUUCGGCUGGGCUCCAACGUUCGUAGGCUACAGCUUCCAGGGUUUGGGCAAAUAUGGUUUCUACGAGAUCUUCAAGCACGAAUAUGGCGACAACCUCUUUCCCAACGCAAACCGCACGCUCGUCUUCCUGGGAGCCAGUGCCAGUGCAGAAUUCCUCGCAGACAUCUUUUUAUGCCCCUUCGAAGCUAUCAAGGUCCGCAUGCAAACCACAAUGCCACCAUAUGCUCACAACCUGCGGGAAGGAUGGAGCAAAGUCGUGGAAAAAGAAGGCAUUGCUGGUCUGUACAAGGGCAUCGCCCCACUCUGGGCCCGUCAGAUCCCAUACACUAUGUGCAAAUUCGCAACAUUCGAGGAGACUGUCAAGGUCAUCUAUAAACAGCUUGGGAAGCCCAAGGAGAGCUACAACAAGCUCCAGCAGACUGGUGUAAGUUUCUUGGGUGGUUAUAUCGCCGGUAUUGCCUGCGCCGUUGUCAGUCACCCGGCAGAUGUUAUGGUUAGCAAACUGAAUUCCGACCGCAAACCUGGUGAGUCCGCUGGUAAAGCUGUUGGCCGCAUAUACAGCAACAUCGGCUUCUCGGGCCUGUGGAACGGACUUCCUGUCAGAAUCUUCAUGAUCGGAACAUUGACUGCGUUCCAAUGGCUAAUCUACGACUCCUUCAAAGUCUAUCUCGGACUACCCACGACUGGUGGCCAUUAA